AUGAGCACUAUGGCAACAGAGAUUGUUGCCUUUCUCUUGACUGUCUCUGGAUGGAUCCUUGUGUCAUCCACCCUGCCGACUGACUACUGGAAGGUAUCUUCAGUGGAUGGGACAGUAAUCACUACUGCUACCUUCUGGUCCAACCUGUGGAAAACAUGCGUGACUGACUCCACAGGAGUGUCCAACUGCAAGGACUUUCCUUCCAUGCUGGCUCUAGAUGCUUACAUCCAGGUAUGCCGGGGCCUGAUGAUAACAUCAGUGUGCCUGGGAUUCUUUGGCGUCAUACUCGCCCUCCUAGGGAUGAAGUGCACAAAAGUAGGAGGCUCGGAGACCACCAAGGCUCGUCUGGCAGUCCUUGCAGGCUUUCACUUCAUCCUCAGUGGCCUGUGCUGCAUGACUGCCUGCUCCAUAUAUGCUCACAGGAUCACUACAGACUUCUUUGACCCUCUCUUUGUUGCCCAGAAAGGCCAUCGCUCAUCAAUCGGCGCUGCAGCGUUUUCACACACGCGCGGUGAGAACAGCAAGGCAGCCGGCAGCCUCCAAAAAGAGCCGCAGCAGCCAUGCAGGAAGUUUGGAAGGAACGCCUACGUGUGA